AUGGGGAUCUGCAUCUGGAAAGAAGGUUUUGUCACGUGGAUGUUGGUGAUACCAUUGCUACAGCUUGCCAUCUUGUGUUGUACUGUAUUUAAGAUGACUCGUUCUAGUCUUUGCAUUGUACAUAAGGAUCCACUUCCCAUCCUUCAUGAAUUCUAUCAGCCAGGUGAUCUUAUCAUUGGUGGGAUUGUCUCCCAAGUCUUCUUACUACACGAGACUUUCUCUUUCAAGGAACAGCCCCGGAGGAUAUUGAUUGGUGAACCCGUUUCAGUGCCAAAAUACUACCAGAACGUCUUAGCUUUGGUAUAUGCUGUCAAAGAAAUCAAUGAGAAUUCCAGCAUCUUACCAAACAUUACUCUGGGUUUCCACAUUCUCAAUAACUACUACAUUUCAAGGAUGACAUAUAAAGCUACCCUGAGCCUGUUUACCACACAACAUAGGUUUCUCCCCAACUUCAGGUCUCACACCCAGAAAAUGCUGGUAGCUGUCAUUGGAGGACUUGUCUCUGAAAUUUCAGACAAUAUCGCUACCAUUUUAACCUUAUACAAGGUUCCACAGCUCACUUACGGAUCAUUUUCACCGGCAGAGUACCAUGAAAAUGCAUUCCCUUCUUUGUACCAAAUGGUCCCAAAUGAGGUCUAUCAGUACAAGGGGAUUGUCCAGUUACUGCACCAUUUCAGGUGGACAUGGAUUGGGCUCUUGGCCGCAGAUGAUGACAGAGGGGAGAUUUUUCUGCAGACAAUCAUACCGAUGCUUUCUCAAAAUGGUAUCUGUUUUGCCUUCAUACAAAAAUUGCCAAAGCGGACCUAUAUGGAAAAGUUGAUAGAUUUGUUUGUAGAGCAGCUGGAAACGUAUCCUCUUCUCACAGAAAGCAAAGCAAAUGUGUAUUUUGUACUGGGGGAACGUUCAUCAGUGUCAGUUUUGAGAUGGGUGCUCUUUCUAGCACACAUCAUGUCCAAGCCCACUCUUGGGAAAGUGUGGAUUGUUACAUCCCAAUGGGAAUUUGAAUCACUGACCAUUCAAAGGAGUUGGGAUAUAGAUGAUUUCCAUGGUGCCAUAUCCUUCACAGUUCACUCUAGUCAGCUACCAGAAUUCCAAAACUUUCUUCAGAUCAUAAAUCCUUUCUGGGCCAAAGAUGACGGUUUUAUCCAGAACUUCUGGGAGCAAGCAUUUAUUUGCUCAUUGAGAAUGCCUAAUGGGCAUGAUGAAAACCACAAAACCUGCACUGGGGAAGAGAAGCUGGAGAGCCUACCUGGGACUUUGUUUGAAAUGAGCAUGACUGGCCACAGCUACAAUAUCUACAAUGCCAUCUAUGCUGUAGCACAUGCUUUGCAUGCCAUUUAUGUAUACAGACUGAAACACAGAAGGCUGAUGGAUGGGAGGAAUCUAGAGUUUCAGAAUAUCCAGCCCUGGCAGCUCCAUCACUUCCUAAAAAGGAUUAUCUUCAAUAACAGCGCGGGUGAUAGUGUGCAUUUUGAUGAAAAAGGCGAAUUGGUUGCGAGUUUUGAUGUCACAAACUGGUUUGUUUAUGGACAGGUGUUGCCUCUUUCUGUGUGCAAUGACCACUGCCAUCCAGGCUUCAGCAGGAAAAAGAAGGAGGGAGAAAAGUUUUGCUGCUAUGAUUGCACUCAAUGUCCAGAUGGAAUGAUCUCUGAUCAGGAAGACAUGGAUGCCUGUAUCCAAUGUUCAGAAGAUCACCAUUCAAAUAAGGACAAAAAGCAAUGCAUUCCCAAGAUGAGUACCUACCUUUCCUACAAAGAACCUUUAGGAAUCACCUUAGCAACAAUGGCUAUUUCUUGCUGUGUACUGAUAGCUCUGGUGCUUGUCAUCUUCAUGCAACACCACAGCACUCCCAUCGUCAAAGCCAACAACCGAAGCCUCUCCUAUGUUCUCCUGGUCUCUCUGUUUCUUUGUUUCCUUUGCUCCUUCCUCUUCAUUGGACAGCCCGUAAAAGUGACCUGCCUUCUUCGGCAAAUUGCUUUUGGCAUUGUUUUCUCCGUGGCCCUCUCAAGUGUGUUGGCUAAAACCAUCAAUGUGGUUCUGGCCUUCAUGGCUAAUAAACCAGGAUCCUCAAUGAGGAAAUGGGUGGGAUCAAGACUGGCACAUUCUAUUCUCUUUUCCUGCUCUGUAAUUCAGGCAGGACUUUGUACUGUUUGGGUAAGUACCUACCCUCCAUUCCCAGAUUCAGACAUGCAUUCAGUGGAUGGGAAAAUUGUACUGGAAUGUAAUGAAGGCUCAAAUGCCAUGUUUUAUUGUGUCCUGGGCUAUCUGGGCAUCCUGGCCAUCGCCAGCUUCACUGUGGCUUUUUUUGCUAGGAAGUUACCCGACAGUUUUAAUGAAGCCAAAUUCAUCACCUUCAGCAUGUUGGUCUUUUGCAGUGUUUGGCUGUCCUUUGUUCCGACUUAUCUGAGCACUAAAGGGAAAUACAUGGUGGCCGUGGAGAUCUUCUCCAUCUUGUCCUCCAGUGCUGGUUUAUUGGGUUGUAUAUUUUCCCCCAAAUGUUACAUAAUUGUUUUAAGGCCUGACCUGAAUAAUAGGAAGCAAUUCUUAAGGAGAAAAAAAUAA